AUGGUCAAGAAGCGCAACAGAGAUCCAGAGAUCCUAGCAGAAGCGCCGCCAGCGAAAACAGAUGGUGAUGAUAGUGGCAGUGAUGAGGAUAUUGACAUGGUCAAUGUGGAAUUCGAAUGGUUCAAUUUCAAGCCAGAUAUUGAUUUUCACGGAACGAAGAGUUUGUUAAGACAGCUCCUCGACGUAGAUCACCAAUUGUUCGAUUUGUCAGCUCUGGCAGAUCUUAUUCUCUCACAGCCAACCGUAGGAUCAACGGUCAAGGUUGAUGGCGAGGAUACGGACGCCUACGCUUUUCUCACGAUUCUGAAUCUGCACGAACACCGGGAAAAAGAAAUUAUCAAGUCACUGGUGGCAUACAUACUCGACAAGUCGAAGUCGAGUCCUGAGCUCUCCGCCUUGGGACCUGUGCUAUCAGAUUCAAGUUCCCAAGUCGGACUCAUAUUGGCCGAACGUCUAAUCAACGUUCCCUCAGAGAUCUCCCCACCAAUGUACACUAUGCUCAUAGACGAGAUUGAGGCUGCCGUGGAAGAUGAGGAACCAUAUAAAUUUACACACUACCUGAUCAUUUCUAAGACGUACAGAGAAAUUGCUUCCUCGCUGGACCAAGAGGAUGCACCUCGCACGAAGAAGAGUAAGGCUGGAAAGGGGAGCAAAGAGACCUUCUAUUUUCAUCCAGAGGAUGAGGUCCUGCAACGACAUGCUUUCCUAUCUGGUUCGUACGAAUACACCAAGGAUGAAGGCGAAGGAAUGGCGGACAGCAAAAGAGCGUUUCAAGAUCUGGGUAUCAAAGCACAAGGGACCAUGUUACUUAUAGAAGCUGCGAAAUUUGAGGGGGCCGUGAAAGCAAUUUGCGAGUAUCUAAGUCCUCCACAGUAA